ACAUAUUAUAUUAUAAAAUCAUAUAUUUUCAAAAAAUAUCAGACGUCAAAAUAAAAAGAGGAAAUAAAAAUUUUUUAAAAAAAAGGGCACAGACGAUAGGGAACCUAACCAGACAGACAAUACAAACAAACAAACAUACAAACAUUUGUAGAGAGAAACACACAAACCCAAAGUCAGUCAGGCCCACCUCCCUUCCUCCUCCUCCUCCUCCUUCUCCUUCUUCUUCUUCUGCUCCCUCAAUUUUUUUUUUUUUUUUUUUUUUUUUUUUUUUUUUUUUUUAAGUUUACACUCUCUAAACCCUAAUUUAACACACACGUACCCAUAAACACAAACUUAAAACUUCCCCUAAUUUAUUUCCCAAAACCCUAACAAGUUUCUAUAUCAUUUUUUUACGUUCUUAUUCAUUUUUUCUUUUUUUAUAUAUUCAGUCAGGUAGUUAGUUAGUUUCUAAUUGCAAAGAAAAUAUAAAACUUAAAAAAAGUUCUAAAUCACUUUGGAAGGAGAAAAGAGUCCGAAUUGUGUAUUUAUAUGUAUGUAUAUGAUAAAACGUGUAGAUGCAUGUCGGCGGAAUAACGGUGGAUCUCAAUUGGUUCCUUCAAUUUGUAUUUACGUUAUUUUUAAUAGCUCUAGGAUUGCUUCACUUGGUCAAGAACACGGCGUCGAAGUACUUCGAGGUCGACGCCCAUUUCGAAGGCGGAGCUACGAUUACUGCUGAUCGGAAUCAAGCCCCGGCGGUUCCGUCCAUGGAAUCUUCUUGUGCUAAUUGCGGUAAUCUUGGAACCAAGAAAUGCUCCCGUUGUAAAUCUGUUAGAUACUGCUCAACAGAAUGCCAAGAAGUACACUGGAAAUCUGGGCAUAAGUCAAAAUGCAAGAAUCUUGUCAGGGUUAAUUCAGUUGAGAAUGCAAAAACAAAUUUUGGAGUUAAAGCUUCAGGCCUUGGAGGCAGAAUUUCUUCUGGCAUUGCGCUGGUUCCUUCCAAUGGAAUCACUAAGCUUAUUAAGAAGCCAACAGAGGUUCUGUUCCCCUAUGAUAAGUUCAUUAAACUUUACAACUGGAACAAGGGAGCAUUCCCUCCUUGUGGGCUCUUAAAUUGUGGAAACAGCUGUUUUGCCAAUGUGGUACUGCAAUGUCUCACAUUCACACGGCCACUUGUUGCUUACUUGUUGGAGGAAGGCCACCAAAGAGAAUGUAGACGCAAUGAUUGGUGCUUUCUCUGUGAAUUUCAAGUGCAUGUUGAAAGAGCAAGCAAAAGUUCGCAUCCAUUUUCACCAAUGAGUAUACUGUCUCGGUUGCCUAAUAUUGGCGGUAAUCUUGGCUAUGGGAAACAGGAGGAUGCCCAUGAGUUUAUGAGGUUCGCGAUUGAUACUAUGCAAUCAGUGUGCCUUGAUGAAUAUGGUGGAGAAAAGGCUGUUGAUCCAGCCUUUCAAGAAACGACCCUUAUUCAACAUAUAUUUGGUGGUCACCUACAAUCUCAGGUGAUAUGUACGAAAUGCAACAAGAUAUCUAAUCAGCUUGAAAAUAUGAUGGAUUUAACUGUUGAAAUUCAUGGGGAUUCGGGUUCCUUGGAGGAUUGCCUUGAGCAAUUCACAGACAGAGAGCAGCUUCAUGGAGAAAAUAUGUACAGAUGUGAUGGGUGCAAUGACUAUGUAAAAGCUUGGAAGCGUCUUACCAUUCGACGGGCUCCAAAUAUUCUUACAAUUGCCUUGAAAAGAUUUCAGAGUGGGAGGUUUGGGAAACUCAACAAAAGAGUAGCUUUCCCUGAGAGUUUAGAUCUCAGCCCCUAUACUAGUGAAGGAGGAGAUGGUACAGACGUAUACAGGCUUUAUGCUGUUGUUGUCCAUGUGGAUAUGCUGAAUGCCUCAUUUUUUGGUCAUUACAUCUGCUAUAUUAAGGAUUUCUGUGGGAACUGGUAUAGAGUUGAUGACUGUAAGGUUCGAAGUGUUGAAUUGGAAGAAGUACUUUCUCAGGGAGCAUAUAUGCUUUUAUAUAGCAGGAUUUCUGCCAGGCCAUCAUGUCUUAGAACCGUGGAACCUGCAAAGGAGCUGCAGCCAACAGAAAAUGUAGGUUUAGGCUCCUGCACAAAUGUAAAAAUUGAAUGUACAAACGGAAGAGUUGAAUGCUUCUCUGGUGUAGAAUCAAUCAAUAACACAAGUGCUACUGAGUCCCUAGCAUCUGAAAGGAAUUCAGGAAUUGUUGAUGAUUGCGAUGUUGAAUUAAGUUCAGCUGUUCCAAUGGACAUGGAUAUUACUCGCACGUCAGAUCUACUGGAGGCCUCUGAUUGUGACAAUGACACAUCAGUAACAUUUGAUUAUGAUGCUGCAGGUGAAGAUACAGUAAGGAUUAUCACAAUUGAUUCUGAUUUGGAUUCAGGUGUUCCAGUGGAAUGUGGGAAGGAUUCAUCUUCUGUAAAUGGCUGUUGUGAAAGAAGAAUUGGGGAAUGCGGAUCUGAUUAAUUCUGAGGCAAGUUCUGGCAUUGCGAAGUGGUGCAGAUGACAGCGAUAGGAUUGGAGCUCAGAGAGCAGCAAUAACAAAUAGAUAUUGAUGAUUGCGGAACAUUUUCGCUAAUUAUUUGUUAAUAUAUUCUUUCUUUUUGUUAUCCCAUCAUCAAAAGGAAAAUUUGGGUUGGGAAAUUUUUGUCUGGGGCUUCAUUAUUUACACAAAUCUCGGAUUUUAUUUGUAACAACUGUAGAUGUUGGCUUACCUUUCAUUAAAAAUGAUAACCACGAGGAUUCCUCUA